AUGGGAUUCAGAAGCCUAGAUAGCAGUUUUAAUCGCCCCGGAAAUAUAAUGCCUCGUCUUUCUGAAAACACCGACUCUUCAGUAGAUCACUAUCAAGACGCGGACGAAGAAGACAACAACAGCUCCUCCAUAAACAUUAGCAUGCUUCCACCGGUAAGCCGAACUCCCAGCAGAGAUCGCGAAAAAUCAUCUAAGACUCCUCCGCAACAAAAUCGCGAUCGCGAUAAAUCGAAUGCGACACAAUCGUCUCGGGAAAGGGAUAGGAUUUCGCCCUCGGGUCGAUCGAAUCGGUUACACCAUCGGUCUCAAUUGAGGAGAUCACCAGCGGGUUCGGAUAGUAACAAAACGGUGAAUAGUUCGUCUUCGAGCAGUGAUGAAUUUCUUUCGCGUUCUCCGCCGGGACCUACUGUUCAGUCGUCAAAUAGGAGAAGCGGUUCCGGUAGAACCUCCUAUCAAGCGAACAGAGUUCCUUUGCAAGAAGAUUCUACUAUCAGGGUUCGAAGGUCCAGAAGCUUACAACUUCCUGAGAAGAAACCUCAAGCGUUCGCUAAAGAUUCACAACCAGUGUCAACUAGAGUUUCUCCUCAACAUCCGGAACAUCGUACUAUAGUUAAAAUCGUUAAUUCCGGAGAAAGACCAAAAAAGCACGGUCAAACUAUUCAAAGCACGCAUUCUUUAACUCAAUCUAUGGAAGGAGAUGAGCUUAGUGAAGAAAUGUUGCGAGAGGCAGAAGUUGUGACCGGUUUUGUUUAUGGUAACCGCUCCCGUGCAGCGGCUCAGGCUUUAUUAAACCAGAGAUACAACAGCGGCAGCAUUAGCAAAGACGACAAGAAUAAAGGAGGAAGUAAACCUAUCAAUAAUGGAGUGACUGUUUAUUAUGUGGGAAAUCCCAAAAAGGAAGUUCAGAAAGUGUUGGUUAGAGGCGCAACCAGUCCGGUAUUGUCGAACAGUAGGCCGAGUUUCGAAAGCAGGCCCGAAAUGAAGGAUUUUUGUUCGGUGGAGACUUGCAAUUUUUGGCCUCAUUGUUCACACAGGGACACCGGUAACGCGAUACGUCCUUCGCACAGCUAUCCGACCCAUCAGCGAUCCCUGGACUCGAGCAGAGCCAUUCCGAUGGAUCGAAAAACGCAAGAUCAGCACAAACGGCGUUUGGCGUUAGAGAUGGAAAGGCGAAAACAGCAAACGUGCAUAUCUGCAAACGAAAUUCUCGAAAGGUCUAAUAUGUUAAGCGAAAGACGUCUGAGUCCGAACAAAUCGAAACGCGAUCAACCAGACAGUCGUAAAACGUCACCGAUAAAUCCAAAAAGUCGAACACCGACUUUCGGUACCGUGAGUGGAUCCUCGUCGGGCAGUGAUGUUUGGUUGACGGCGUCAAUGUCGUUUAAAAAUAGUGUAAAAAGUUCAGGAACAUCGUUAGGUCAUGACGAAGAGUUUGAUGAUGGUAUCAAAGUGCGCGAAACUAUUAUAACGCGGCCCGGUAGUGCACCGUCCGAGGAAAGGAGUAAUAAUACGUUGGAGAUGCAACAGAGAUCCAUGUCGUUGCCAAAGUCGUUUUUGUCUGCAAGUUACCAGCCACCUGGUGGCACCCUCCCUUGGCAAAGGCAUGGAACUGAAAGUGUCGGUUCAUCCCCUGGUCUCCCUCGCAAACUACCCACCCCAGAGCCAUCCCAUACUGCCCCUGUGACGCCGCUCCACGAGAACAACCGUCACAGGUCUCCGGUUGGCAGUACUACGGGCCGACGCCCUAAAGCCUCCUCAACCCCUCAACUUUUAGGAAGAUCCACCUCUGAAGGCAGGAAAUGGGCUGAAAACAUUGACCAAUCGAGUUGCCACACUAAUGGUAAAGAGGUGAAAACUCCCGGUACUCGUAGGCAAUUAUCAGUUGGUCGGGAAACGGAGAGCGUCAUUCAAAAAUUCAGGAAAACCUUCUCUCUGCACUUCCACCAUCCGAGAAAAUCUAAAGGCGAUAUCAAGGAUGAAGUUGUGCAGUCGCCGCCUUCCUUGGAUCUACCACCCGAUCCAUCCGAAGAGGAGUCGUUGCCCUCUCACGUGCCGCCGGCUGCGGCGUCGACCACGUGUCAGAUCGAUGUCACCGCCGCUUCCCCGCCCCCGCCGAAAUUAGAGGACGACGGCGAUAUCGGCAACGGUGCAGAACAACAGGAGCAACAAGCGCCGACAGCCGGCGCCGAACAGAAAUACAAAUUUGGACCUCUAGUUUGGCGAAACACCAAAGAAAAGAAAAAAUUGACGAAAGCGGCGAGGAACGCUAAAUGCAACAGUGGCGACAGUGGCAUCCAAAUAGAGAUAGUUCCAAACUGCGGGGGCGCUGGUGAUAGUUCCGAAUCCCACGACACUGACCCCCCUGGAGACCUCGAUAGCCCCCCUAUCUCUCGUAGAAGAAAACCACGUGCAGCUUCCAAAAAUCACAGACCCCACUCGGAACUUCUCAAUCAGAUACUUAUUGAUAAGUUUAAGGCUGAUUUAAAACAACGUGCCCACAAUAAUCACCAGCAAGUUCGGAGGACGCGCUCGGACUUGGGGGGACGUCGUAUCUUACAUUGGGAUCGCUCAUUCGGUAGAAUGAUCUCUUCUCCUGGAUCACCACAUAUCGACAGUCGCUCUCAAAGUCCUAGGAAAAAACCGCCCGAUACGCCACCCGAUGGAGUCGUGUUAAGGGGAAGGGGAGGAUUGGGUCGAAGAGGUACUCUGAGACGAUCGCUAAGUCAGCCGCUGGAUAUCGAUAAGCUGUCGCCGUUAAUGAAAGCUAAACACGGAGGUUUAAAAUUCCACAUGGUUAGCGAUGAUGAGCAAGAUAAUCGACAAGGUACUUCCGAGGAUGAAAUGAUGUCUGACUCAGAAUCAUCAUUAGCAUCGUUGGUUGAACGAAAGAAAUCCCUAGAUAUGCCGGUGGACGAAGAAAUGAUCAUUCUAGCAGAAGCUGUAUUCGAUCAUGUAGCUAUUGAAUCAGAAGAACUAGCGUUUAGAGCUGGUGAUGUGAUAGAAGUAUUGGAAACGGCCCAUAGGGAUUGGUGGUGGGGUUCAACCAAAGGAAAAUCCGGUUGGUUUCCGGCCCAAUUCGUCAGAUUGCGAGUCAGCCAAGAGGACACCGUGGAAGAUUGCUUAGCAGCGAUGGCUUCGGGCGAGCGAAUGUCAUCUCAGAUACGACGUAGGACUAGUAUUUCCCUUUUAUCUAAUGACCAAGUGCGAACGAGUGUGGUGCGCGAAUUAGUGCAUACCGAACGUGAUUUCGUGAAAGUACUUCAAGACGUUGUCGAAGGUUACGUUGCAGAAUGUCGCAAAAGAACUGAUAUGUUUACAAAAGAACAUAUCGACGCUAUUUUUAUUAACCUAGAAAAUAUUUUGACGUUUCAGUUGGGAUUUUUAAAGGACUUAGAGACCUGCAUUGACUGGGAAUCGCCGUAUAAAAGUUGUGUGGGUGCUUGUUUUCUAAAACAUCGUGCUGGUUUUAAAAUGUACUCGGACUACUGUAACAGUCACCCGAUGGCAACCGCAACAUUACAAGAACUUUACCAAUUCCAAAACUACAGCAAAUUCUUCGAGGCGUGUAGAUUGAUGAGAGGAUUGAUAGAAAUUCCUCUAGACGGAUACCUGCUUUGUCCUAUUCAGCGAAUUUGCAAGUAUCCACUACAAUUAGCGGAAUUACUUAAAUAUACUAAAGCCGAACAUAGUGACUAUAACAACAUUAAAGAAGCAUUGGAAGCAAUGCGAGGAGUAGCCAUGCUCAUCAAUGAAAGAAAAAGAAGGAUGGAAAGUUUAGAGAAAUUGGCAGCUUGGCAACAGAGGGUUGAAGGAUGGGAAGGUGAAGAUCUUAUAGAAAUUAGCUCACAGUUAAUUCACCAUGGAGAAGUAGUUAAAUCGACGACUGGUAUAUGGACCAACAAUAUAACAUUAUUUCUAUUCGAUCAUCAGAUUAUCUAUUGUAAAAAGGAUAUCCUCAAAAGAAGUACAUAUGUAUAUAAGGGAAGAUUUUGUCUCGAUACUAGUGAAGUAAUUGAUGUACCUGACGGAAAAGAUUCUCAUCUCGGAGUUUCUGUAAGACAUGCCAUUAAAUUGUACAGUUUAGUUCGUGAUAAAUGGUUAUUGUUUUGCUGCCGGUCUUCCAGUGAUAAACAAAGAUGGUUGCGAAUGUUCGGCGAAGAAAGAAAAUCAGUUGUACAAGAUAAAAACGACGGUUUGGAACUCCCUCCUUCAACGCGGCAUUUAGCUAGGAUAGCGGCUAGAUCGAAACGAAGACCGCCACGAAAACCUAGAAAUGGUAAAAACUUCAAGCACGAUUCGGGUUAUAUGGGAUCAACACUUCAACUGAAUUCGACUUCGAAUAAUUCUUUAGGCAGAAAAGUAGGCACGUGGUUUACAUUCUCGAACAAAAAGACAAGACAUCAACAUCCCGAUGUUUCCUGA